CAUCAUGGCGGCCGAAGGCGGUGAGGAGCUGAGCGGCAACGGGGAGCUCGAAGAUUCUUCAGCCAUGGAGGCUUCUGAGGAUCCAGCACCGCCUCCAAUUGAGAUGGCUGAGAUGUCAGAAGAGAACGGCAGUGCCGGCGCAGCCCCUGAGGCUCCAGUGGCCCCCGACCCUUCUUCUUUCUCCAUGCCACCAGCUGUAGAGGAUGAGGAGGGCGAACUGCCUGCUGACUUUGAGCGUCUGUGGAAGGCCGCCCAUGACAAUCCUCAAGACUUCACCAGCUGGACUGACCUCCUGCAAUACUGCGAGCAAGAGAGUCACAUCACAGCGUCACGCAGAGCUCUGGUGGCCUUUCUCGCUCGCUACCCGCUCUGCUAUGGCUACUGGAAGAAAUUUGCUGAUCUGGAGCGCCGUGCAGGGUACAACGCUAAAGCAGAGGAGGUGUGUGUUCAGGGUCUCCAGGCUAUCCCUCUGAGUGUAGAUCUGUGGAUUCACUACAUCAAUCUGCUGCUGGGAACACUGGACAUGAACCUGCCUGAGUCGCCAAAGCGGAUUCGCAGUGUGUUCGAGGACGCCGUUGUGGCAGCAGGUCUGGACUUCCACUCAGACCGGCUUUGGGAUCUGUAUGUUGAGUGGGAGAAGGAGCAGGGGAACAUGAGCAACGCAGCAGCCGUUCUGGACAGAGUCCUCAAAGUUCCCACCCAGCUCUACAACACGCACUACGAGAAGUUCAAGGAGCACCUGAACAGCCAUGAGCCCAAAGAGGUUCUUUCUCCAGAGGAGUACGAGGAGCUGAGGACGUUGUGCCGCCAGAGCCAGAAGGCAGAGCGCGCUGAACAGGCCCAGGAGGAGGAGGAGGAAAGGCCACCGGGGGAGGAAGAGCCCGCCACGCCUGAGGGCACAGACACAGAGGAACUGAUGCAGAAGAUCAGGGAACAAGUGCUGGUUCGCAGGGACAAAGUGUACCAGGACAACGAGGGAGAAGUCCGCAAGAGAUGGCACUUUGAAGACGCUAUCAAGCGGCCCUACUUCCACGUCAAGUCACUCGACCGGCUGCAGCUGCGAGCCUGGCACUCCUACCUGGACUGGGAAAUUGCUGAGCUGAACAAGGACACCAAAGACCCCAACCAAGAUCCAAACCAGGCAGCCACAGAGGGGUCAGAGGUCACGGCUCAGACCCACGAAGUGUCAGAGGAUGCUGCAGUUGCCCUCGACGACCACAGGGUUCGCAUCCUCUUUGAGCGUUGCCUGAUCGCUUGCGCUCUGUAUGAGGAGUUCUGGACCAGGUACAUUCAGUACCUGGAGCCGCAGAGUGUGGACGAAGCCCGAGCUGUUUACAAACGAGCCUGUGAGGUUCACCUGACAUAUAAACCCAACAUCCACAUGCAGUGGGCCACCUUCGAGGAGAGGCACGGUGAUUUAACUGAGGCUCGGCGAGUGCUAGAGGCCCUGGAGAAAUUCCUGCCUGGGUUGGCAGUGGUCCGUCUCCGCAGGGCCGCUCUGGAGAGACGAGCAGGCCAUCUGGACCAAUCGGAGGCCUUGCUGCAGGAUGCGGUGGCUGAAUCCAAAGAGAAGCCCACGUUACACGCUUUCUACUCCAUCAAGCUGGCUCGCCUGUUGCUGAAGCUCGAGAGGAACCCCGCCAGAGCCCGCAGAGUUUUACAGGAGGCGCUGGAGAUUAGUCCGGAUAAUGAUAAACUGCACUUGAACCUGUUAGAGCUGGAGGUGUCGGGGGACCCCUGGGCCUCUGCUGAGGCAGUGCAGGAGUGUGUGACGAGAGCUCUGGCAGCGCCUCUCGCCCCACACACCAAGAUCCUCUUUUCACAGAGAGGCCUGCAGUUCGCAGAGGACUACAGCAACUCUAUCCAGAGUGUGCUGUCUGUCUACGAAGAUCACCAGAAACUGUUGAAGGAGCUCGGGGGAACAAAGAGAGGAGCAGAAAACGGGGACGAGGACUCAGAGAAACUGAGCAAAAGUGAGGACGGCUCUGCUGUUGCCGUGUCCACACAAGUCCCACCUACCAUGCCGCAUGUCCCCAUCACCACGCCCCCUCCAACUAUGAUGGGCACCGACAUGAGCGCACAGACUGGCUACGGGGGAUACAGCAGUUGGUACCAGCAACCGCAGUACGGCAGCUACGGCUACCAGAACACCUGGAACUACAACCAGGGCUACUAUCCUCCCAGCUAAAGAGAUCAACAGCACCAAAAGUGUGGCACCAAAAGACCACGGGAAGCAGUUUGACCCAGGAUGACUUCUCAGCUGAACAACAAACUGAAGCACCCAGUCCUGCCAGUCAAGUCCUGCUAAAAAUAAUCCCAGCAUCCUUUCCUCUCCGUCCUUCCUCUGAGUUACCUCACUGUCCUGGAUUUGUGAGAUUGAGAGACUGGAGUUGAGAUCUUUUAACAUGUCAUUUCAGCGUUGAGUCUGAGGGACAGGUGGGAAGACGACGAAAGGAAACAGUGACGUUCAUUUUCAGUGCAUCAGUGUCUGCAUUUUAAUCAGAACUAUUUUUGUAUUUGUUUGCAAGCCAACCCCUUUGCUUGUGUUUUAAAGUUAUCCACAACUUUAUCACAACUUUACAGGUGAUGUAUGAUUGACAUUUUGUACCAUUCCACACAAUAGGCCAUUUGUUGUUUUUUCUAAUGUAUAUAAAGGUGUUUUAUAGUGUGUCACAACAGA